GCGGUAAUCUCGUUAUUUUUUUCAGGGUUCGGUUUACGACCCUUGGGCCUCGGCGAUGACGCAGUUAUGUUAAUCAGUUAUCCCGGAGAGCUCUUCAUGAGGUUGUUAAAGUUAAUGAUCUUACCACUGGUGAUCGCCAGCCUUAUAUCGGGCUCGGCCAGUUUGAACGCGAGGAUGAACGGGAUGAUCGCCGUCCGAACUUUGGUGUACUUUAUACUCUCCUCCUUGUUGAACGCUGUCCUCGGUGUCGUCCUGGUUCUGCUCAUUCAUCCGGGUAAUCCUGGAAUCAGAAAAUCGAUCGCGACCUCGCACAAUGGAAGAGCCGUGAACAUCUUGGACAGCCUUCUCGAUUUGGGAAGAAAUAUGUUUCCGGAUAAUAUAUUCCAAGCAGCUUUUCAGCAGGCCCACACGGUAUACGUUCCGAAAACACCGCCCUUCAAGAACCUCACCGUUCCGAUAUCCUCGGACGUACUCGGAGACGAAGAAUUGAUGAGAGUGACGCAAUACAGAAGCGGGACGAACACGUUGGGCAUUGUUUUCUUCUGCCUGGUGUUCGGCACGUUCUUGGGCACCCUCGGGGAGAAAGGCCAAAUCGUGAUCGACUUCUUCAAAGCUGUUUUCGAAGUGAUCAUGAGGAUGGUGUCUACGGUAAUGUGGAUGACACCUGUGGGCAUCACCUCCGUGAUAGCUGGGAAAAUAUUGGGCGUCGCCGACUUGGCGUUGGUGAUGUCGCAGCUCGCCUGGUUCAUCGUCACGAUCGUGAUCGGUGUGUUCUUCUAUCAGCUGGUGAUCAUGCAGCUCAUCUAUUUGGCCUUCGUGAGAAAGAACCCCUUUAAAUUCUACGCCGGCCUCGCCCAGGGCACGCUCACCGCCUUCGCCAUGGCAUCAACGGCUGCCGCACUUCCCGUCACUUUCCGCCUGAUGACGGACAAACUUCGAGUCGAUCCUAGAGUGACCAGAUUCGUUCUGCCGAUCGGUUGCAAUAUUAACAUGGACGGGACGGCGUUGUUCGUGGCCGUGGCAAGCAUAUUCAUCGCCCAGAUGCACGGGAUCGCUUUGGGCUUCGGUGAAAUCAUAACGGUUAUUUUAACCUCCACCGCUGCGUCCGUGUCAUCGGCGUCGGUCCCAAGCGCCGCCUUGGUCCUCCUUCUGGUCGUGUUGAGCGCCAUCAACGCCCCCGUUUACAACGUCUCCCUUUUAUUCACCAUCGAUUGGUUCGUGGAUCGCAUUCGAACCACGAACAACAUGCUGGGCGAUUGCUACGCCGCCGCAGUGGUCGAGCAGUUGUCGAAAAAGGAAUUGAUGGCGCUGGACGCGGCAGCCUAUCAAUCGGAAACCGUUUUGCCAACAACGAUCGCGAACGGAUGCAUUUCCGCAAACAGGGUACCUGAUCCCGACACCAUCGUCGUCGAGAUGCAAGACGACGCGAGGAUAGCCGGCGUCGCCAAGUAACAAGCUUGUUGCAUCAGCGUGUUGCAGAUACCGAGGAGCGUGACCGAAGAGACAGUUUGACCUGUGGCUUCGCUGCGAAACAUAGUUUAGCUUUAAGUUAUACUACUACUACCAUCUAGAGAGAG